AUGGAUAGAAGUUGGAUGCACCUGAUAGAUAGAGUUACGUCAAAGGAGUACGCUGAAGGGGUCGAACAGUUCCUCACAGUAGCUCGAGCGCACGCAAUAGAAACUGACCGCAUCCGUUGUCCUUGUCGUUCAUGCUAUAAUAAUAUCUUCCUCCCUAUAUCGGAGGUGGAAACACACUUGUACCUAAAUGGGAUUAAUCCAAAUUACAACCCCUGGAUAUUUCAUGGGGAAGAUGAGAUUCUGGAUGUUAGUGAUGACAAUCAGCCAGCGUCACCUACUAAUGAUGACGAAUAUAUUGAUGACAUGGAGCAGAACGCUGAACCAAGAGUUCAGCCACCUAUAGGUGAGGCAACCCCUUCCUCCUCAUUUGACAAACUAUUAGAUGAUGCACGGCUUCCACUUUACCAGGGGUGUAAACAGUAUUCAAAGCUCUCAUUCAUUGUGAAGUUGCUUCACAUCAAAGCCAUUGGGGGUUGGUCGGUUAAGUCAUUCGAUCUGCUCCUGAAGUUGUUGAGGUCUGCAUUUCCGGACGCUGAUUUCCCGCAUUCUUACGAAGCGGCACGGUCACUAGAGCGGGGUUUAGGCUUCAAAUACCACAAAAUACAUGCUUGUCCUAACGAUUGCGUGUUAUUUUGGAAGGACAAUGCAGACCUGAAUGAGUGUCCAAAAUGCAAGGCCCCUCGGUGGCUACCAAAUACACAUAGAAACCGCUUAAUCCCUCAGAAGGUGUUACGUCAUUUUCCUUUGAAGACGAGGUUGCAACGACUAUAUAUGUCAGCUAAGAUGUCAGCUAAUAUGAGAUGGCAUUAA